AUGUCGUUUCUGAAUGCUGCCAAAAACGUUGCAGCCGCCAGAACCAAGGCGGCAACCGCUACAGCGGUAAGGAGCUUCUCCAUGGCAUCCAAAGCCAGGGAGAAGAACAGCCGUCGAUUCUGGCCGGCCGAACGUUUCUCCGAACGCAGACACGACAUUCGCCGACCAGAAGUUCUGCCGUCAUCUACCUCCAAUCGUCGAACCGAGAACAUUAGAAGCACGCUCGUGCUACCGAGGAGGAAAGCGGCAGUUGCGGCGAAAUUCCUGCUUCUUCGGCGAGCAGGUGACGGUGACGGAGGGGCAAAUGAUGCCCGACGGCGCGACCGACGAGACAAGCUAUUGAGAGAAGCUAGUCGCCGCGGCAACGGAAGUUUAGUACCGGCGAGCCCCGCGAUUGAAUACGCCGGGAGGGAGGAGCGGAGCACGGAGAGAAAGAAGACGGCCGGCCAGAUGGCUGCCCUGUUGCGAGUGCUGGCGGCAACGAACCAAGCCGUUCCCGCCGUUGGCGCUUCUUCUCCAGCUCGUGUCACCAACAUGAGAAUGUUCGACAAGACGUUGCGGGGGUACGAAGAAGCCGGCAAGUGGAGGCACGCGCUAGGCCUUCUGAGCCGGAUGAUGAGCGACGAUUCGUCGGGCGUUCGCCCGGACUCGUCGACAUUCGGCAUGGUCGUGUCGGCUUGUGUCAAGGCGGGUCGAUGGCGCGAGGCGUCCAACGUCGUAUUGCGAGAGAUGUCAACGCAUGGGGUAACUCCCGACGCGAUCACCUACACCUCUGUCAUCGACGUGUGCGGAAAGUGGGGACGCUGGGAAGAAUCUUUUCGCCUGUUGGAUGAGAUGGCCAAGGCGGGGCUUACCCCUAGCGUGUCGACGUACAACAACGCCAUCACUCUGUGCGGUAGCCGUGGACGGUUUCAACUAGCUAUUGAUCUUUUGGAUCGGAUGUUGGCAACUGGUGUAUCCCCCAACGUGGCCAGCUACAACUCUGUCAUGACGGCUUGCGACCACAUGGGCCAGUGGAGACAGGUGCUGGGCCUCCUGAGAAGGAUGGAGGAGACAGGCGGUAUCCAACCCAGUGUCCGAAGCUUCAAUAUCGCCAUCAAGGCCGUGGGAGACAGCGGUGAUUGCGAAGCCGCUCUGGCUCUUUUUCGUGAGAUGUCGGCAACAGGGAUCGUCCCCAACAUGGACAGCUAUAGCACCGUCAUUAAGGCCUUCAACCAAGCAGGCCGGGUCGAUGGCACCGUCUCAGGGCUGCUAGAGGAGAUGUCGGAGUCGAUGAAAGUAAAUCCAGAGGCCGAUACGAUCGUGAUAGGCGACUCGACCAUUCACACAAGUCCAACAAGCGCUGGGAUGGAAAGACAGGCGGGCAAGAAGUGGAGGCAGACCGUUGCGCUGACUAGAGAGGUUGAAAGAUCGGCAUUGUCGGCCUCUCACAACGGAGCGACGGCUAGAUUGGGUCUUUCGGCAGCAGAAGAAGGCGGGAGCCAGACGAAAUCCGGGCCGUCUGGCGGCAAAGCAACAGAGCCAUCGAACCAUGAGAAUCAGGAGGAUUGCGCCGAGGGCGAGACUCAACACAUUCGGCAGCGAGCGCUGGUGCACUUGCAAAAUAUGUCUGGGACAGAAAUACCCCAGACCGCCGGCAGCUAUUCGCUCGCUAUUACGCAGUACGGGCACAGCGGGCAGUGGGAGAGUUCGUUGGCGCUGUUGAAGCAAAUGGCUUUGGCUGGAAUUCCGCCCAACAGGAAGUGCUACCAUUCCGCCAUCGCUGCCUGCGGGAUCUCCAAGAAGCACGAGGAAGCGCUGGAGCUCCUGAGGGAGAUGGAAAAGGCUGGUUUCACGCUCACCGACAAAAGCUACCGGUGCGCGAUCUCGGCGUGCGGGAACGCCGGUCGUUUUGAAGACUGCGUCUCUCUUCUGAGAGAGACUGCAGCCGCUGGGCUCCCUCCGAACCCGGGGACGUAUUCGCUGGUCAUCAUGGCGUGCGGUGACGCCGGCCAGUGGGAGAAAGCUUUGUCGCUCUUGAGGGAGGCAGAGGCGCUAGACAUCAUCGCGAACGGCACGUGCUACAACGCCGCGGUGAAAGCGUGCAAAGAUUGCAGCCAACCCGAGGAGGCAGCUGCCGUACUCGCGCGAUCGAAAAAGCACACAACCAGUGCAUGCCCGGUCGAGAGCAAGUAG